AUGUCUUCAGAUCUAGAGACUAUCCGCAUUGGCUAUGUGCCUGAACAUUACCUCACGCCUCUCCACCUGGCGCUGCGCUCCCCAGCCCUGGCUGCUCUCCCGUUCAAGCUCUCUCUGAUUCCCUUCCCCUCUGGAACGGGACACAUGAUCACUUCUUUGCGUGAGAAGGAAAUCGAUGUCGCCAUUGGGCUGACCGAGGGAUGGGUAGCUGGUCUAGCUGGUAAACAGCAGGCCCAGAAGGACCCCUCGGAGGGUGGCUACAAGGUGAUCGGACACUGGGUCGAUACGCCUUUGCGCUGGGCCAUUGUCACGGGUCGGGAGAGAGAAGAUAUCCACACGGUGGCUGAUCUCAAGGACAAGCGCGUUGGUGUCAGUCGCCUUGGCAGUGGCUCCCACAUCAUGUCUUUCGUCCUCGCUCAGAAGCAAGGCUGGAAGCCUGACUCGCUGUCCACCGUGCCCUUGGGCCCCUUCGCUGCUCUCCGCAAUGGAGUGACCGGAUACGAUUCGGAGCAUCCCGAGCAGGAGCCGAAGCCCACGGCCGAGUUCUUCAUGUGGGAGCACUUCACCACGAAGCCGUAUUUCCAUCCCACUGAAGAGAAGCCUCAUCCCGCCUUGAAGAAGAUCGGUGAGAUCUACACUCCCUGGCCAUCCUGGAUGAUCGUGGCGUCUACUUCAUCUUUCUCGGAUCUGAAAGCGGAUGGCAAGCUGCAACAGCUGCUCAAGCUUCUGGAUCAGGGCAUUAAGGACUUUGAAGCCGACACUGCUCAGGUCGUGAAGCUCUUGGGUACUGGGGAGUUGGGCUGUAACUACGGAGAGGAUGAUGCUAAGGAAUGGCUCAAGGAUGUCAAGUUCACGGGCUCGACUCGGGGUGUGCAGAGGGAGCUCGUUGAGUCUGUGGUGGAAGUUCUCAAAGUGGCAGGAGUGAUUGACAACAGCAUGACCAAUGAUGAGGCCGUCGCAAGGGUCAUUGGCAUCCAUCAAUGA